GUAGCAGAGUGUCACGUGUCGGGAUGGUUUUCAUCACGUGUCCACUGUGCGCGCAGGGGUACGGAGACGCGGGCGGGCACCGGCCCCUCAUUGUGCCGUGUGGACAUACAUUUUGUGAGAGCUGCAUCAAAGGAAUGACUCAGAUGGGUUCCUACAUAAAGUGUCCUAUCUGUACCAAAAGUGCGCCAUGUCAGCUGGACUUAUUGGCUCUGAACCUUGCACUUCUAGACAUAGUAACCCAGGAGGAGGAAAGCCGCAGUACGGAUAGUUUGAGCGGUCUGUGUGACAUGUGUAACGGCGCGCAACUGGCCUGCUACUGCCAACAGUGCAGCAUACUGAUCUGCAGCACGUGCAUCGUGCACACGUGCAUCUCUCAAGGACAUCAGCUAGUUCGCCCGGACCUUGAGGCUGCCGCUAGAAGAAAUAUCUGACGGAACAUGUUGAGAGCCUCCAAGUCGAGUUCGGCGAUCUUUUCAACCAAUUACAGGACGAGUGUUCCAUAGUUUUAGAGACAUUAGAGUCCGAGGACACGAGAAUGGCCGCAUACUACGACAGGAUCAUCCAAGAAGCAACGACUCAGAAAAAUAAACUAACUGCUCAGAUACAGUCUGCAAAACAAAACAACCUUACAAUUCUAGGUGAAGUGCAGAAAGUGAUGGACACCGAGCGGGAGAGAAUCCUGAGCUUGUUGGUGAAAGUAAACGAUAAAAAACCUUACUCGCUCAUAAGGGAGUUCAAAAACAUCGAGAAGGUCGUCAGUGAAAUGAAGAGUAUACCCCAAAUAUCAUUUGAAGUUGCCGCUUUCUCUGCGCCUUCCAUACACGUGGGCGGAGAAGUUAUCAUGAAGAGAAUGAAGCUAUCAGUCGAUACCCAUGGAAAGGCAAAGCGAGUCUUGUCCUCCCCUCCAGACGCAUCACGCUCUAGCCUCACCAGCGCCUCCAGUAUAUUCGUCUCAGCACAUCAGCUGUGGUCUCUGCCGCGAUUGUGGCAAGAAUACACGAGUCUGGAAUUCCUAGAUGAAACAACACGUGACCUAAAGAAUCCAGUUUAUCUAGCACAACAUUUGUCGGGUCUCCUGAUUUACGAUUCAGACUCGGUAGUGCGGGUAUCUUACCCCACUGGAAAUGAGGACGGUAAAACCUUCCUCCACACUAAGAUGUUUAAAGGAAAUGUUGGGCGCGUGGUGGGGAUGUGGUCAGCGGGUACUCCCGUCCGGGACUUCAUUGCUCAGGAUCGGUUGCUGAGUUACCGGUUACAAACCGGCGACAACCAACAGUGGUACACCAUCCGUAACAUUUGGGAGGGGGUCCUGGACUGCACCUUCAUCAGCAACAACAUCUACCUUUGCAAGGUAUCCGUUGUUGAGAUCUGGAAGCUGUCCUUCAACAGUGAGGACGACACUAAAGUAGUCUUGGAAUGCACAAAGAAACUCCGACACGACACCAACGCUGUCUCGAUAGCAGGAAGCGCCGUUACGGAAGAGAUUUACGUUUGCGACAAAUCGAACUCAUGCGUCCACGUGUGGUCACUUGAUGGGGAGUUGGUACGCAGGAUUCCCAUCCCUGGUGUCCCUAUCUCCAUUACAGUGGCCCCCGACGGAGUGCUACUAGUGGGGACGGCGGAGGGACGGAUCUCUGUCAUGUACCCUACAGGCGAGCUUAUUCUUAUUAUGAUCGGUGAGGAGCUGGGCGGGUUCCACUCUAUAACCAGCAUCGUCGUCAAGGAAUUUGACGGAAGUAUUUAUCUUUGUGAUCCGUACAGACAUAGAGUCAUAGUCGGUGUUUUGAGUCCAUUCAUUAAAUCUUUACCGGACUGAUCUGUGUUUUCUUAGCUUACUUUCAGAAUCUUUUAAAUGAGUAUUGUGUAUUGAUCCGAGGACAUGUUAUUUGAACUCAGUGGAGCUGAGGCGAUUAUUUUUAACUAUAUAGAAAUAACACAGACCAUAAUGAAGGAGUCCUGCCUCUGAGAGACUGUUUUUUUGUCAUGCUUUGACAGCGAUGUGGCCUCGGUUAGCCACUACUAAGGAAGAUAAUAAUUUGUGAUAUUUUAUCAAUGUGCAUAAGUUAUGCACAUUAUAUAAUGAUGAAUCAUGUCUUGCAUUAAUUUUGCUACGCGUUCUAUUUGGAUUCAUGUAAUUGGUUUUGGUUCAUUUCAGCUUAUUAAUAUUGUAAUAUGCGUUUAUUUUAUCAAGU